GACCCCUGACGGGAGCAGCUGAAAGAAGAAGAUUGGCUAUACUCAGUUAGUGGUUGCUAAGUAAGAUUGCUUCUUUUCUCGUACAGGCGCAUAAUUUGUUUCUUGAAAAGUAGGAGUGGCAUAGAAGGGAAACGAGGCAAGUGACUUGGGUUUAUGGUUAAAAAAGGGAAAGUAAUACAAGAGUGAGCAUGGUCCUGUUUCCUGCCAGCCUUACAGAGGAAGAAGAAGCCCUGCAGAAGAAGUAUGCCAAGUUAAAGAAAAAGAAAAAGGCACUAAUGGCACUGAAGAAGCACAGCUCCACCAGCCAGACGAACCAGGGAGGCAUCAAAAGAUCUCUUUCGGACCAAAUUGUGGUAGACACAGCCACAGCAACUGAGCAGGCCAAGAUGUUGGUGAAAACUGGAGCCAUUAGUGCUAUUAAAGCAGAAAACAAGAAUUCUGGUUUUAAGCGUUCACGUACCCUGGAAGGGAAGCUAAAGGAUCCAGAGAAGGGACCAGCUCCUACAUUCCAGCCUUUCCAGCGCAGCUUUUCCACAGAUGAAGAGAACACUGAGGCCUCCCGACGCCCUCAGCGAAAGUCAUUGUAUGAAAGCUUUGUAAGCUCUAGUGACCAAGGUCGGGAUAUGGAAAAAGAGGUAGAGGGCACCCGAGAUCCAGAGAAGGACUUGGAGCAGCCAGAAAGGAAUCGAAGCAUUGACCGGGAUUAUGAUCGUGGCCGAGACAGAGACCGUGGCAGGGACAGAGACCGUGAAAGAGACCGUGACAGAGAAAAAGAUCGAGAACGGGAUAGAGAAAGAGACAGAGAGGGAUCAUUUAGAAGAUCAGAUUCUUUCCCUGAUUGCAGACAUCCUCGUAAAGGGAACACAGUCUAUGUAUACGGUAUUGGAAUGACAGAGGACAUGCUUCGUGGUGCUUUUUCCAACUGUGGAAAUAUCAUUGACCUCUCAAUGGAUAAUCCACGCAACUGUGCAUUUGUAACCUUUGAGAAGAUGGAGUCUGCUGAUCAAGCCAUUGCAGAGUUGAAUGGUCUUGUAGUAGGGGAUGUCCUUCUGAAGGUCAGCAUUGCCCGCAAACAGCCCAUGCUGGAAGCUGCUACUGGCAAAUCUGUUUGGGGAUCACUUGCUGUCCAAAACAGUGCGAAAGGAUCUCACAGGGAUAAAAGAACACAAGUUGUUUACAGUGAAGAUAUAUUCUGAAUCUGGUGGUUUUCUCAGUCCUCUUGAUAAUUUAGAUUUCUUUAUUUUGUAAAAUGAUUGCUUUCAAGUGUAAAAUGUGUAAAAGUUGUGUCUUUGUUACAUGAUGUAUGGUGUGGUAGUUUGUUGAAGUAUGUGCCAACAACUACAGAAUAUUUUUUAAGUCUUAUUUGGGGGCACAUAGAACGCUGUUAUAGUUUUGCUGACAGAAUGGUAAAAAACAAGGCAUAUAUGGGUAUAAUAUAGUAAUCUUCAUUUCUGGAAGAGAAGUAGGUAGCUGCAAUUACUGGUUAGAAGGCAUUUCUGUGUGAAAAGAAAGAAGGGUCCAUUGAUGAGUUAUAGCUUAUAUUAGAAAUGGUAUGUAUUAAAUCAUCAGAGUUACGUUACUAGUGGGAUACUUUUAUUCUUUAUUGUGGUCUUUAUACAAAAGUUCUAACCUUUUACUGGUGAUACUACCGGAUUUAAGGCAUUCCUUAGAUUUGCAUUGCCAGCAUCCCCCUUGACAGAGAUUCUAAAUUUUCCAGAAAUUUCAAUCCCAUAUGAACAGUGGUUAUAAUCACAAACAUGAAUAACUUGACUUUAUCAGGUCCAGGAAUAUGAUAAAUCAGAUGUCAACAAAAGAAAAUGUCUUCAUACUGUCUUCAUAAAUGGGUAGUUACAGACACCAAAUAUAAGAAGGUAUAUCUUCAUUUGCCAAACAGUAAUUGCAUUGUAGUGAAAAUUGUAAAUGUAUUGCCAAAGCUGCCUUCUUACCAUUACAUUAGCAGUCAAAAACUGUUGCAUCAUUGACAUUUUAAUAUGUUAAUGUUCUGUAUUUGAAAAGGUGGGACUGGAAAAAUAUUUUGGCUGUAUAAUAAUAAACAAAGCAUAAGCUGUCAUGUUAACUUAUUUUUCUUAAAAUCUCUUGUAUCUAAUAACAAGAUUACUAGUGAAAAAUAAGGCACGCAUUGUUUUCAAGUAAAACUCUGAGCUUUGUUUAUUAGGAAAAAUAAAUUUUAUAAAAAAUCUAA